CAACUGUCAAACCUAGCAUUUGCGUUGACCAAUCUGUGAAAAGAAAUGAAAAUGGCGAAGUAGAGUAAAUAUAGACAUUAGACGUGUUUACAGUAAAACAUUCAUAUAAACAAUCAAGCUCAUUAAAUUUAUAUUUUUUAUCACACAUGCGUGAUACGAUACGUUUUGUGACGUACCUAGUUACUUUCUGUAUUAAGUGUGAAUGAUAAAAGUGUUGCUGGUUGCCUAUACAGUGUCUUGAGCCUGCUCUCGCCAUGAAGUUAUUUACAUAAUUUCUCAAUAACUGUUCGCAAUGUUUGUCGGGAUAGUGUUAUUAGUUUUGGUGUGCCGAGUUAAUGCAGAGCCGGAAUCAGUGCAGUACCGAUGUAGUACCAGUAGUAAUAAGUCUAUGACGUUCAAGCCGUCAGUAGACGAGGUUCCUGGGCGGUAUACUGCGGAACUAUGCAUGUUAAAGAAUCCGAAUAUCACCAGUUGGAGGAUAGACCUGUCGAUGUAUAAACCAACGUACUGCACUAAUGCCAACAGACUAGUCCGGAAGCCCGAUCAUGAGCACUCCACCAACACUCUGCCUAUUGUAAAUCACAAUAACUGUACCCAUGUAUGCUAUUCAAUGAACUUUGACCUGAUAUUCAGAGGGUGCUAUAGCAUCAAGAGCACGCUCACACCUUUCAGAGGCCAGAGUUCCCAAUAUGAUGCUUUCUACUUCUUAAUUGAUAAUGAGUUCACACAGGAAUACUUUGCUAUGAACAAGCCCCAUGUCAGCUUUGUUAAUCACGACAAUGAAGUAUCAUUAUAUUGGUACCUGGGCAUACCUCCAACAGAAUACAAAGUGGAGUUGUGCCGUCUACAAAACAAUACACAGGAGUGCGCGCACACGCUGGACGUGUCGCGCAACUGCUCGCGGUGGCAGCGCUCGCAGCUGCACUGCUUCCUGCGGCCCGCGCACGGCUGCUACAGCGCGCACAUGACGCACGAGGCGCCCUGGACCGGCGGCAUCUUCAACAACCAGACAUAUCUGCACUAUGACUUCUGCCACUACCCGGCCAAGGCGCCGGUGGUGGCGGGCGGCGGGGACUCGCGCGUGUGGUGGGCGCUGGGCGCGGCGCUGCUGGCGGGCGGCGCGCUGCUGGCCGCCGCCGCGCUGCGCUCCGCCGUCACCGCCAGGAACUACCACAAGCGCCUGCUGCACGCCUUCCAGGCCGACAGGACACGCAGUGACCUGGAGUCGCCGCCCGCCCCGCAGGAGCCCCGCGGGCCGCUGCUGCUGCUGUACGCGCGCGAGGGCGAGCACGCGCAGCGCGCGGUGGACGCGCUCAAGGACCUCAUACACGAACACACCGGACUUGAGGUGCUGGACCUGUUCUCCCCGGCGGUGACGGCGCGCGCGGCGCCCGGCCCGGCGGGCUGGCUGCGCGGCGUGCUGGCGGCGGGCGCGCGCGUGCUGCUGCUGCAGGCGCCCGCCGCUGCCGCGCUCUACCACGCGCCGCUGGGGGACUCGCUCGCAUUGUCGGAGCCGCUGCUGGGCCGGCGCGCGCUGUACCGCUCUCCGCAGUUCGGGGACCAGCUGCUGGCGCUGGCGCUGCGCUGCAUCGCGGAGGACGUCAGCCAACACCACGCCUACCACAAGUACUACUUCGCCACGUACGCGGAGCUCCCGACGGAGCUGCUGCGCGGCGUGGUCCCGUACCGCCGCUACCUGCUGCCCGGCGCCGCGCCCGCGCUGCUGCGCGACCUGGCGGGCGGCGCGCCGCGGGACCCGCGGGACCUGCGGGACCCGCGGGACCUGCGGGACUACGAGCGCGCCGUCGCGGACAUGCUGCAGCACGUGCGCGACAACCCGCACUACCUCAUGGACGAGCUCAUCAUCAUGUGAACAACCAUUGACCAGUGUAACACAGUUCUGCUUAUAAUCACCAGCCAAUUGUACCAGCCAGGUCAUAUCUCCUGGCUGAAGUACUGCUGCUGAAACCUACAUAGCAAUCACAAUCAAUUAUAACCCUGAUAAUAUUAUAUGGGUUAAAUUGAGGUAAUUGAUGAUACUUAUAGAAUAUCGUCUUAUAAAAAAAAAAGAAUAAUAUGACAAACAUCGAUGAAUUUUUCAUGACAUCUAUACCUCAAGUCACCAAUAGAAGAGUAACAUAAUAAUAACUAAUAAUUUUUAUAUUAUAAGCCAGCCAUUAAAACAUUUAAGUGAACAGUGUAUGGUAUAAUCUCCAGGAGCAGGUAGCUCUCGUAAUGUCAGCUUGUGGCAUUAGAAAUUAAUUUACUUAAACUAUGGCUCCCAUCAAUGUGGUCUUAACUAAUAUUGAUGGAUAGCUGUGCAACGAAUCUCUUUCGAUUAUAAGUUCUUGUGUUGUCCUUACUAAACUAAACCUGGUUUCUGAAAGAUAUUAAAACUCACUCACUUUUCAUAGUGUAAUGUCAUCGAAUGUUUUGGUUAGACAGAACAAUGCGAAGCAAAAGUUGCCCUUAUUUUCAUGCUGAAUUUGUCAUUAUCAAGUAGAAUGUAGAGGCAGAGAGACAUUUGAGAAUGUCUCUUAGCUAAGGGUUGUUCUGGAAUACAAGUGUGGGAACGAAACAACUUAAGUCAGCAACCGUUAUACUAAGUCAUACAGUUUCACUUUUGUGCAAAGUGCUUGUUAGUCAGUAACAUUCAUCAAAUGAGUUUGAUUUCCCGAUGUCCGCAUUGACUUAGCUUUCAGAUUCCAGGUUUAGAUUACUUGUUAUGUUUAGGCAAAGAGGUCUGAUAUUGUCGACUGAAAAUUAACGAUGACUUUAUUAUUUUAUGGUUUGUCUAUUGGCAAACAAACUGUACAUGUACAAAAAUCAUGACUUUGUUAAGGACCAUGUUUCUAAUGAAAAUCCGUGAAUUCCUUGUCUAAGUAUCACUUAUUUGAAAUAGAUUUACUAAAUUUAAUGGAAUUUUAUCACUGUAUCUACUCUAUACUGUAUGACAAACAAUUCAGAAAACAACUAAACAUCCAUUAACAACUAAAAAGUUUUAUAGAAUGUUUUCUUUGUAAAGUCCUGAAUUAAAGUGUAACUGUUUCCUAUAAAUACAAAAAAUAAAUUGUAUUUUCAAUAUGAACAAGUACUAAUAGUGACAAAGUUGUAUGCAAAUACGUAACUAGUUCCUUUAAUGGAGUGUACAGUUUAUGACUAAUUCAACGACACCGGUCGCGGCUACAAUUACAACGAGCCGGUUUUACAUGUACAUAAAUAUACAUUUAUUACUGUUAAUAUAUAUUUAUAGGUAACAUACACUGAAGUACGUUGAUUUUGUAAAGUAUCGUGUAAGUAUGUAAAUAUUAGAGCCUCCGUAGUUAGUGGCAGCUAUCGUGUAUGUUUUAAUUAAGAGAAGCGAAUUAUGUAUUGUAAUAGUCUCAGUUAAGUAAACCUAUCGUCUGAUCUGUUCAUGUAUUGAAUCCUAUUGUAAAUAUUGUACCUGUCUCAUACAAUGCGAGUGAAUGAAAUAUGCACCGCUAUCAAUGUUUUUGUGAACAUAUCGCGGUGAAACUAACAUAAUAUUGUCAUUAAUAAUCUUAUCAGUACAACAUCGUAUCGUAAGUGUAGUUCUUUAUACUUGUCAAAUUCAUUAAUUGUUAUGUAAAUAUAUUACGUCAGAAAAGCAUUUGUGAAGAUUUUAUCCACAAAAAUCAACAUUUUUGUAAUUCCAGUAUAACACUACUAUGAACAACACUGAAAAAUACAUGAAUACCUUGAAAUGCUAUUGAAAAUGUUGAUUUAUAUACCAAUAAACGAUGCAUUUAUUAUCAUUGAUCCAAAUGAAACUCGAUCAACUCGAUGGCUGCAUUAAAAAAUAGUCAUCUGUCAUGAGUAACAAAAUUAAUACUGAGCUUAAAACCGCAUUUUUCUAUUUUUUUAAUUCAAUGUUAUAAUGUAAUCACCGCAUGUGUUACUUGCUGUUAGAAAAAAGCGUUACAUAUUGUAUUUACAAUCAGCUACAUAAUGUUAAGGCAUCGAAACAUCACGCACCAUCACUGCCUUUCUCAGUUAUAUGAUACAGGCUGAAUACUCAAACACAACAUAUUCUUAAGUCGCGGUGUCAGUGUGGACUGUGUUGGGACAGCGUGGCAGUUAUGUUGGGGAGCUAAUCUUGCCGGAACAACCGGAUCACAUCUAGAACUAACACAUACGAUCACGUGUCUCUCUGUUAAUAUACUUACAUGUUCGUACAUAUUCUAAUGAUAAUUAUAGUUUAAGCAUAUAUUGUUGAGUUAUUGUUGUUGUGUUGUUACAUUACUGUCAUAUGUUUAGUAUAAGUUAAUAUUAAACAAAUAUUUCUGUA